CUUCGCUCCUCCAGCCCCUUUGUGGCUGUGUGCCCCGCCCUAGCGGGGUUGCCGGGAUUGGCAGAGGGCGCUGGGCGGGGCAAGGAGAGGCCCCCUGAGGGGGCGAUUGCCUGGUGUGAGGCUGAUGCCUUUCCCUCCCCGCGGAACCUGAGUUGUGCGGGUCUGUUUCCAGCCGGGGCUAGUUUCACGUCAUGCCCCCUCCCCCCCGUCCCCCGCGACGGCAGCUGGCGUCCUGGAGACGGACGGAGGCCGGGAAGGAGCGGCCGCGCGCUGGGAAGAUGCUGAGCCCGGAACGCCUUUCGCUGCCGGGGCCCGAGUACCUGGCUCAGAGACAUGUCCUCACGUACAUGGAGGAUGCAGUGAGCCAGCUGCUGGAGAACAGAGAAGAUAUUAGUCAGUAUGGCAUUGCCAGAUUCUUCACUGAAUAUUUUAACAGUGUGCGUCAAGGAACUCACAUUUUGUUCCGAGAGUUCAGCUUCAUCCAAGCCACACCCCACAACAGGGCAUCCUUCCUACGGACCUUCUGGAGAUGCUUCCGAGCAGUGGGUAAAAAUGGAGAUUUGCUUACAGCGAAGGAGUACCACUGUCUUUUGCAGCUGCUCUGCCCUGACUUCCCAGUGGAACUUACUCAGAAGGCAGCAAGGAUUGUGCUCAUGGAUGACGCCAUGGACUGCUUGAUGUCUUUUUCUGAUUUCCUCUUUGCCUUCCAGAUACAAUUUUACUACUCAGAGUUCCUGGAGAGCGUUGCUGCCAUUUAUCAAGAUCUGUUGACUGGUAAGAAUCCGAACACUGUGAUUGUGCCAACAUCAUCCUCUGGGCAGCACCGUUCACGCCAGGCUCCGAGUGAGUGCAGCCCACUUGAUGGGGUGGAGGCAUCUCUGUUCUACCACUGCCUAGAGUCCCUGUGUGAUAGGUCAAAAUACAGCUGUCCCCCAUCUGCCCUUGUCAAAGAGGUGCUGAGCAGUGUACAGAGACUGACCUUCUAUGGAUUCCUUAUGGCUCUUGCAAAGCAUCAUGGGAUCAACAGAGCCCUAGGGGCUCUGCCAGAUAAAGGAGACCUGCUUCUUGACCCUCCCAUGGAUCAGGAAUUGGAGAAGUUACUGUCUCAGGUUUCAGGGCUCUCCAUCUCCACUCCAGGCGGCUCCAGUGGGGACACUGCGAACCUGCCUACCCGCACCUCCCCCAGAAUCAGCUCCCCCUGGAAACCUCUUCACCACCGCCAGAAAGUGGAUACAGAGAGCGAUGGCUCCACCGACGAGACAGAAUCCUCUGAGAACUAAUCCCCCUCCUGGCUUUCCCUAGACUCAUGUGGGGGAACAGCACCUCAUUCCAGAUGCUGAAAGGUGAUGGGCAUUGCCUCUUAAGAUGGGUCCCACCCAUUCUGCACCUGCAUCUAGGUGCAGGUACAUCCACACCAUUCCCCAUUACCAGGACCACCAAUCCCAUCCCAGCCAAAACAACACCAUUCUCCUAUCCCCUAAUUAGCUGAGGAAUCUCUCAUCCAGAGGCCACUUCCAGCUGUAGAAAGAAAAGAAGUACUUGUGGCACCUUAGAGACUAACCAAGGUGCCACAAGUACUCCUUUUCUUUUUGCGAAUACAGACUAACACGGCUGCUACUCUGAUUCCAGCUGUAGAGUUAUGCUGCCCUCUGCUGGCAAAUCAGACAAACCAGUGGAAGCAUGCUCUGGGAAGACCUCUCCACUCAAUCUUCCUCUUACUCAGAGAGUGGCAGGAAAUUUUCCUGCUGUUGGUCUCACCCUGGUGCAGUUGGACAGAUUCUAGCAACAGUGGGUGUUUUGUUGUGUAACUCUGCUCAGACCUGAUGUAGACAAUCUGGUGGUUAGCAGCUGGUCCACACUAGUGCUUUUACUAUAAUUACUCCUGGCAGAGCUGCAUCUGUGUGAGAGCAGUGGCAGGAGAAGUUCCUAAAAUUAGAAAAGACCUAGCUGUUGUCCUCUUCACACCAUCAGUGUUUUCUCCUCAGAGGGAGUGUCCAAGAGAUACCAAAGUAAAAGGACACAAGGUUUCAGUUAAUAAGUACUAUACCACUGUAGUACUCAAGUUGUAAUUGUAGUAUAGAUGUAUGGCGCAUCUGUUGUAUUAGGUUAUCCUCUCGGAGCCCUCUCUCUAGAGCCUGUCUCCCUGGGACCACCCUCUCUAUAAUUACAUCAGCUAGGGAGAAGAACCUAUUAUCCUCAAUCCAGUAUCUGGGAUGACACAGCAUAUAAAUUCCCUGGCCACAGACCUUGUGGUCCACAAACAUACAGUGUCCUAACUGCUGUGUUAGAUAGGAUGGCGUCUUGUGGGUAGGGGGAAAGAAAGGGUCAGAGUUAUCUUCACUAAACCGCAGUUAUCUGUUGUGAGAGUGCAGGCACUAAUAUAGCAGCAGUGGAGUCAACAUCUCUUGGAUUCUGCCCCUACAAGAAUGAAUCCCCCCCCUUAUGCAUUGUUACUGGAUAAUCAGACUAUGGAACUGUAGCAGUUUAGUCUCCACUGCCCUGGAGGCCUAAACGGAGUUUGGCGUUUCAUAAUUUGCCUUGGUCUGCCCCAUAGGCUAGUUAUCUCCCCAGGGUUUCACUCUCCUGAUCUUCAGGGAGUCUUUCCCCCUUCCCCUAGGUUUGUGAGGUGAAGAACACCUGGAGCAGUUCAUCUGAGGUUUGGGAUCAAAUUGGGCAAUGCUACGCAGCCAAAAGUUAGGCUCCAUUUAAUGGCAUCAGGAUGGACUUGGCCCUAGAGCGAUCUGUUAUAAGAAUAAGCUUGCUCAAAUCCUCCCCAGCCUGUGCCCCUGCACCAGCCCCAGCUGAGAAGAGCUGGUAGGAAAGUUAUUUAUGUAUUGUAAUUUAUUUUAUUUAAACUGCUGUAACGGUCCUGUCUGUCUUUGAGUAACUACACAAUCGAGGGAAUAAAGCACUUAGUGCAAGAUGAA